GAGGAAAACAAAAUAGAGCAGUGUUUGAAAACACGAACAGAUGGAGUUGUCGGUACAGUAGCACGAAGGAUAAUCGCUGUUUUUCGUCGGUCCUUUCGAUUUUAGAGGCUAUCAUUUCUACUGGUACAUUCCUGGAUAUCGUAGGAAUCAUGCCGAACCAUCGCCACAAAAAACAAGCGCCUGUGUCAAACGGUAAGCGAAGGGGAAGUGGGGAGGAGAACGACGAAAGCAAGAAUCAGCAGUCUACUGAGCCACAUGCCAAUGGUGCGGGUGCUGAAGGGCAACAACGGCACGUGCGAGAAAAUGACCAUGUGCGAGGGGCGCAAAGGGACAUUGAGAAUAGAGACCCUCAGGGUCAGCAGGGCCAGGGUAGUAUGGUGAAAUGCUGUUUACCUACAGGAUGUGAAGUUUGUGAGAUGAUAACUGUCAAUGAUCCUCAUGAUGCGGUCCGAGUGAUUUGCAACAAUGAACAAUGUGAUCAGAGUGACUGGAUGCAUAAGGAGUGUUUCGAUAUGUGGGAAGAUGUCGUCUUGGCUUAUCUUCGUUCCUGUGGUCGUGCCCGGAGUUGGUCUGAGAAGCAGCGCUUGCAGAAUCUGUGGACCAAGAAAGGAUACGAUCUGGCGUUUAAGGCUUGUGACUGUAAGUGUGGUCGCGGUCAUCUGAGGAAGGAUUUGGAUUACAUCCCGAAGGCGAAUACAAAACGUCGCAAUAAGAAGAAGUCGACCAAUGACAAGCCCAUGCCGGUUAUAAACACUGGUAAGCAUGAGAAAACCCACCAUGCUAAUGGUAAUGGUAGUGGUAAUGCCAAUGGCGGCGGAAUCAUGGCUGUCAUGAUUAAUAAUAUUAACACGAACGGCAUUGGUGUCCACCCGAAUGUCAAGCGUCACAUGUCUGGUCCCUUGCCCCCAACUCAUGCAACUCCUUCCAAUGUUCAACCACAUCAGAGAGUUCGCCAUCUUAGUCUGACAAGCACUGGGUCCAGUCCCCCAAACUCGUUGGGUUCUCCAGCAACAGUGACUCCUCCAUCUACACCUUGUACUCCAAACGUGGGUGGUUCCAAGAAGUCAAAGUUUGAUUUCUUUGCUGAUGCCUCGCAGGCUGCUGCUGGGAAUAUCUUCAAGCGUCGACCAGACUUCAUGUCAUUCAGCAUCUUGCCGCGCCACAAGCAGAACCCUUACCACAUCAAGAUGGAAGAUGAUGGCCCGCAUGGUAACGAUGAUACCCGCAGCUUCAUUCUGUCACACCUCAGCUCUUACAAGGCAACCAACAUCUCUUGUCUCCUAUGCAAAACUAGGAUGUCCGUCUUCGACCGAUACCCUUUGAUCGAUGGCACCUUCUUCCUGUCUCCAGUCAUGUAUGACCAGACGAGUGCAUACCGUGUCCAAAUGGAUGGCAAGACCCAAUACUUGCAGGCUGUCUGUAUGCGAUGUUUGGAAGGGGGUGUAAUCCUGCGUUGUGGAGCAUGUGGAAGGCGUUGGGAUGGAAGCACAUUGCUGCUCGGUACCAUGUAUUCUUACGAUAUAUUUGCUGCAACUCCAUGUUGUCAGAAGCGUCUAAGCUGCAAGCAUUGUCAGAUACCGAUUAUUAUAUGUGGGCUACAAUUCUACAGCGAGUAUAGCCAUGCAUUGCCAUGCCCGAGUUGUAAGAUAGAGGAUCACCACUUUGUUAAACCCCUACAAGAAGUUUACAUCAUCCAGCAGCCAAAUAUAUGCAAGUGACACUCUCCAAAAGUCAAUUCUAGGCAAUUUUAGUGUAUUGUUCUUGUAUGAACUCCUGCCUGGUACUGGUACGUGUUCCAACCCAUAUCGUAUUCAUAAAAGUGUGACUGUCAUAAAACCAGUGAACUUGAUGAAGUUCCUAUAAAAUUGGCACUCAACUGUUGAGGUGUAGCUUUUGUCAAUGAUAGGAUGUUUUGAAUGGACUUCGUUGAAAAUAGUAGGGACAGGAGUAGUAGAAAUGAAGUAAAAUAGCUUGCCUGUUCCUGAUCUAUAUUCUUUGGACACACAUCAUAACUUAACUGUUACACUCAUCGACUUGGACUCAUUUUUGGUUGUUUCCGAACGGAUGGAUUUGCUGCUGUUAGGAGAAGGAUUGCGGACUGUUUAACCUUAGUUGGUUGAGUUUGAAAGCUGUAGUUUGUAGACAGUUGUCUUGUUCCCAGUGUGAGGCCAGUAUAGCAUGACAUGUUCAGAUAAGAUUCUUUCAUCUGCUGCAAACAUUUGAAAUUGUGAGGAUUUUCUGCCACAAUUACGUUUGAUGCGGGAUCAGGGUACUUGGUGCUAAACAGGAAUGACCCUGGUCACUCCGUCAGGGCUCGAUCCUCAGGACGGUAUCGAUGUCUAAGUGUUGUUUCUAGAAGAUUCCUUCGCCAUCUCUACCUGUCAUUAAUUUGGAUUACAGACUCUGAAAGAAAGGUAAAUAGUCUAUGUCAUUGUGUCAUAUUCAUAAAAUGUGCUUGGAUUUUGAGUGUCAACAAUUUAGAUUUAAUGUGGAAUAUUUUCAUCUGAAUGUCAAUGGAUACACUUUUGCUCGAUCUGAUUGUGGGAUUGUAUAUGCUACAUACAGUGUAUUUUCUAAAAAAAACAAUGGAUUUGAAUUAACCAUGAUAAAGUUGAAGAAUCUUGUGAUGAGGAUUUUUUUGGUGAAAGCUUGGAAGGAAUAAACAUGAUUAUGGGCAUUUGUGCCACUGCACACAGUCGGUCGUUGGAUAGUUGUCUUGGUAUACAUGGAUGGAUGUGCUAUUUUUAAAACCAGCACGAGACUGCGAUCUUCCUUAAAAAUGGACACCAACUCUCCUCCGGCUGGCGGGCGAUGGUCAAAUAGUGAUGGACUGUACCAAGGCAACUGACAAUGACAAGACAGAGAGAGAUUCACAUGGGAGUAAUAUAUUUAUGUACAUGCAUCAUAUCAACUAUAUUAUUGUAUUUUUCAUGUAUAUUUCACUCUUAAACCCGGUGUAAGAUUCCAUGCAGGCUUCAGGCAUCGCAUUGCAUUGUCAGCAUGGAGGUUUAAAACUUGAUCAUGAUUAUGUUUGACUUGAGUCCCUCUCAUGGCUCUUGGAAUGCUUCGGCGGUGAUAGAAACUACUGUCACAGAGUCACAAUGAGUUUGGACAUCAUUUAACUGAAUUGGCAAUGAUAAAGGUAAUGUUCAAAAUGCUUACUGACUUUAAAUUAUGUCGCAACCUUUACUCGAUUGAUAUCUUUGACAAUUGCAAUGUCUUUCUGAAAAUUGUGCAAGCUGAAAAUAUACCUACCAGUUCUUGGUGCAGAGAUUUGGCUCUCUUAAAUGACUGAGCUCAUACUUCUGAAUAAUGUGUUGAAAAGUGAUAUUAUUCAAUUUGAGCGGGUCAGCAAUCAUUACAUCCUAUUUGUCCUAGUCUGCACAAUGAUCUCCAUGUUUUUGAGGGUUGGCAACUUGCCAAUGUAUCAGUUGUUGUCAGGAUUGGCACUUAGCCAGGACUUGAUCCUGCGUCUGUGCAUGUGGCGCUUUCAUGUCAAUGGGUAGGCCUAAAGAGAUGAUAUGAAUACCAGGAUAAGAAAUCAUACUAUAUAAUGUUCUCAGUAAUUACACUGCCAAAGAUUGAAAAAUGUUGUGAAGAUUUUUUAUUGUGCUGCAACUUGGAAACAAUGAGCGGGUGAUGUUUUAUCUAACGUUGCAUCAAUUUAACUCAGGCAAAGCAUUAUUUAUUUGUUGGUGCUUUGGAGUAGCAAAAAGUUUUGGACAAUCUCGUAUUUUCCUCUGCCCCAAAAUCUCCAAAAAAUUGUAAAAUAAACCUUUGUUUGCUCCGGAAUUCUGAUGAUACCACUAUAACCUGAGGUACCUGAAAAUAUCAUUGUUUCUUACUUUGUCUCACGGUCUGGUGAUACAGUCCCCAGCCUCAGAUUGAUGGGCAGUGGGGUACUUUCAGUUGCUGCACGUGGAUGUUUGGAGUAAACUGAUCUUGACCAGCAUUAUGAAUAGUAAGGGAAUAGUAUUGGGAAGUUUCCUUUUUUUCAAGGAAAACUUUGAGUUCAUCUCUCCCUCUGAUCUAUUACCUUUCAUAUUUCAUUUAAAAAUAAGAAAUUAUCAAAAAAUUAUUGUUAUUUCUGUUUUUAUCAAAUCCUACUCCAAGAUAGUGUUAAAAAUCCAAGCACCAACUCAUAAAAAAGUAUCGUCUCGUGUGCUAGUUAUUGUGACUAUCCAUUCCCAUUACCCAUGCAUGUUGUUGUUGGUAUCGAUAACUGUGCCAAGGCCAUGACUGAAUGAAAUAAGGAGGGUGGUGAAGGGAGGACUUCAGCUGUCAUGUCUUUGUGCACUAUUGAUUGUCAUGGGCUACACUUCCCAAGCCCAAAACAUGCAAAGAAGAUAUGUCAGACAAUGCCCAGGGAAGUGGGCCAAUUAAAAAUUGGUAUGUGAAUCGGGGAAUAACCCAUUGAAACUUAUUUCAUGAAGCCAGGAUUCCUGAACUAAUGUAGCACUGAAGGAAACAAAAUUUUUGAAUCUCAGAACAUUUCCUCAAUGUGUUCAUACACAAGUUGUCGAGCUCGGUUUUUCAGUGAUAUAUAAGUUGAAGUCCACUUUUUGUCAUAGGCCUGCACAUGAAACUGUAAGUAGGUGUUUGCCAUUGUGAUUUUGUACUGUAGAGAUGCUAGACACAGGAGGCAAGGGGUUGAAGACCUUAGUCAUAUUAGUUGACUCCUUUAGUUUGUGAAAGGCCUGUGAGUGAUGGUAACUGUUUUGGGGUUAUUGUACAUGUAUGAUGCUUCAGGAGGCAGCUUUUUAUUGAUUUAUAUCUGUGCUAAUCAUUUCACAGGAAACUUUGUAUAAUCCGCAUAUAACCUGUACUUUCAAAACAAAACAAAUGUAUAUUUUAGGUGAUGAUAAUUUGGCAUUGUGUUGAACUUCUAGCAUUUGGAUGUUAUAUUAGUGACUGUCAUCUUUUAUGUAAUGAUACUGUUAGCUUUAGGCUAGCUGUGGUUAGGUCUUGAGCAGACUUUCAUGAGAAUAGCAUAGGCCCUACGUUUUUUCAGUGUUAUGCUUUGCAACUUAGUUAGGGAGAGUGUUUUGUUGUACAUUGUACAUGUAUGUCUUGUAAGCAAGAACUAGAAUAGUAGCAGGGGUUGAUACAAGUAGGAUACAAUUCAACUGCCCAGUAAAAUGCCUAUUCCCAGGAGUUGAGAAUGUAUUCACAUCUUGUUCGGCUCUGGUGGGUAUGUAGUGUAUGAGCUAGUGCAAAAGCGUGGACAUUGCCAGUCUGUGGUGAUGCUCCACUGAAAAUUCUCAGCUGGGUGAUCAAUAGGCUAUUCAGAUCGAUUGCCAUUUUGAAAUCCACUGUUGUAAAUAUUGUCGAACACAGACAAUCAGUAUUGAAGCCUCGGGAGGCCUUGUUUAAAGCAACAUGUUCCAUGAAGUGUUCCAUAAAGCACACCAAGGGAAAGGAUAAAAAUCAUUCUUUCCGAAAGCCUCCACCUUUUCGGACAUGCUGCAGUCUGUGAGAGGGUCCUUUGUAAAAAGGUUAUCCAUACAAAGAGUAUUGGCUACAUUACCGUAGUGUAAGAUCCAUCUUGACCCUCAAGCUUUGGAUCCACUCUGCCGACCCGGACUCCAUGACACCAACGGCAACAGACGGAGUACCUCUGAUGGUUCAGAAUGUGUGCGAUCAAGCUUCCAUUUUUGUUGGAUUUGACAGCUGCUUUUUUAUAAGAAGCUUUUAAAUUCAACAUAUACAUGGAUUAGAUUGGCAUUCACGCAAGCCAUUGCAACUUCAUGACUGUUGGGACCUUAGCCUUAAAACAUAUGACUGUCCCAGUUGUGAUAAUGUAAGAUUCUAGCUGUGUGCCAUAUUGAGAUCUAUUGUUCGCAUGUCAACUCAUCUAUACUGGUAGGGUUUGAUUUCAUUGGACUUCCUGCUCUUAUUUGGCAGCUUAAAUCUUUACAGGAGAAGUACCAUAGUUUUAUUUGAUUUGAUCAUUGCAUUUCGUAUCUGAUAAUAUGGUAAAUAUUUUUGGUGAAAGAAAGAUGCCAGACAUUUAUUUUGUUACCAACUCAAAAACACUUCUAUUUGAAAUUCAUGUACUGUUGUACAAGAAGCCUUUUUUUUAAAAACUUGUUAUCCAGUCAAUUCAUGUUCGUUUCUGGUAUUUCGGCAAAAUGUUUGUCUGCAGAAUUCUGCUACACUGUGAAACAGUGCAUUUUUUUUUUUUUUUAUAAAUGAAAGUUAAUUGUGUUGGAAAUAUCAGAACUGCAGUAGCAGGUGCCAUGUUUAUUCCAUGUGUACCAUUAACCAUAUGUGCUUUCACU